AAUAGGAACGUUUAAUACGUGUCUCAAUGGAUUUCCUAAAAAGUGGAUUCAAAACUGUGCUUGGUGCUACAGAACCAGGUCAACCGCCCAGUGCUGCUGAAACCGUUGAAAAAUUAGUUGAUAGAGCGUCAUCGUCCACCCUUUUGGAAGAUCGUCGUGAUGCCUGUCGUGCCCUUAAGGCUCUCUCGAGGAAAUAUCGCAUUGAAGUGGGUGCCCAGGGUAUGCCUGCUUUAAUACAAGUUCUUCAAAAUGACUGUCAAGACUGUGAAAUUAUCUCCUAUGCCUUGGACACACUGUGCAAUAUUGUGGCUACGGAGGAAUUUGAUGAGGAGGCUGACAACCCCACAGUAUCGGUAAAUGUGGGUGAACAAUUUACGGAAAUGUUUAUUAAAAAUCCGGAACAUGUUUCAUGUGUCAUGAACUAUCUGGAAGAGUACGAUUUUAGAGUACGUCGAGCAGCCAUACAAUUACUGACGACAUUAAUACAGAAUAAGACGCGAGAUCUGCAAGAGCAUAUCUUGGUAAGUCCAAUGGGUGUGUCUAAACUUAUGGAUCUAUUGUCGGAUAGUCGUGAGGUCAUUCGCAACGAUGCCCUCUUGCUGUUGAUACAGCUGACGAAGGGCAAUUCCAAUAUCCAGAAAAUUGUGGCAUUCGAAAAUGCUUUUGAUAAGAUUUUCGAUAUAAUACGCGAUGAAGGCUGUGCCGAUGGUGGCAUUGUGGUGGAGGAUUGUUUAAUAUUGCUAUUGAAUCUGUUGAAGAACAAUUCCAGUAAUCAGCAAUUCUUUAAGGAGGGUUCAUAUAUACAGCGUUUGGCCCCAAUGUUUGAAUUGUCUGGCCCUGAAGGUGUGGAAGAACAAGGAUGGGCACCACAGAAAAUGUCAAAUGUCCAUUGUAUGUUACAGGUGGUAAGGUCAUUAGUCACGCCCAGCAAUCAACAGCAAGUAGUUUCAUCGUGCCAAAAAGCCAUGAAACAAUCUAAACUACUGGAGGCCCUUUGUGAAAUUCUAAUGGGAAGUGGUGUUCCCGCUGAUAUUUUAACGGAGACAAUAAAUGCAGUGGCAGAAGUUGCCCGAGGCGAUCCAGAUAAUCAGGAGCUAUUGAGUAAAGUUAUGGCACCCAGUACACCACCUCGUCCGGUCAUAGUUGUAUUGCUAAUGUCAAUGAUUAACGAGAAGCAAAUGUUGGCUCUACGUUGCUCUGUGCUCUAUUCAUUCCAGUGUUAUUUGUAUCGCAAUCCUGCCGGUCAACAGGCGGUGGUCUCAACACUAUUGCCUUCGUCGGCAGCCGAUGUUUCAAGCCUUUCUACUGGUCAAUUAUUGUGUACGGGAUUAUUUUCGACAGAUUCAUUGGCCAAUUGGUUCUCAGCAGUUGCUCUCAUGCAUACCUUAGUCGACAAUACCAAUCAAAAGGAGGAGUUAUUGCGUGUUCUUCUGGCAACCUCUGCUGGUGGCCACAAGCCCAUAACACUAAUGGAACAAUGUACCAAUUUGUUACAACAGGAUUCUUACAAGCUGCAAAGUAAAGUUGGUCUACUUAUGUUGUUGAGUAUGUGGGUGGCCCAUUGCCCCACUGCGGUGAAAACGUUACUCCAAACACAAGGAACCAUGGGUUACUUGACUGCCCAAAUUAGUGGCAAUGAACAUGAUGAAAAUGAAUAUCUGGUCCAAGGUCUGUGUGCCUUUCUGAUGGGUCUAUGCAUACAGUUCAAUGACAAUUCAUUGGCCGGACAGAAGCGUGAUGAUAUCUGCCAGCUGAUAAUCAAGCGUAUUGGCCAGGAGAAUUUCUGCAAUAAACUGAACGAAGUCUCUAGGCAUGAGGCAUAUAGCCGUGCAUGCAAACAACCCCAAAUUCGGGCCAAAUCAGCCAUUGAACUGUUAUUGGACUAUGAAUAUUGUAAACUCUUCAAAGGACUGGAAGCACUGGUAGUCAAAAUGGUAACAGGUUUCGAUGUAAAUGGCAUUGAGCUAACAGAACUCACCCUUAGUUCAGAGGCUUCAGCAUUGGUUGCCCAAUAUAAAGGAAUUAUACGUGGUUUGGAUACACAAAUUACAUCUCUACAAGAGACCGUUAAACAAUUGGAAAGUAAAAACUCGGAACAAGAGAAAAAGCUAACAGAACUGCAAUCAUUAAAUCAUCAAUUAACCGAUCAAAAUACAUUGUUGAAAGCCCAGUUGGGAGCUCGUAAAAAUAAUGACUCCUCUAAUUCGACCAAUUCUUCAACGCCCAAUAAUGACAAUAAUUCCUCACCCACCAAUCAUGCCACAUUGGAAGCCUUAAAUGCAGCCCAGUUUCAAACAAAUCUAUAUUAUACUGAAAACUUACGCCUACAACAAGAAUUGGAAAAUUUGCGCAAACGUUUGCAGGAAGCUACAACAACGGCAAACACUGCCAAUGAGAAUUAUCAAAAGUUACAAAAGGACCAAGAAGAUCUAUUGGAGCUGCUAACCGAUCAAGAAAAUAAAAUACAACGUUAUGAACAACAAAUGAGGGCAGCCGGUCUACCCGUUGAAGAGGAAGAAGAUGCCGAGGACAAUAGUAAUAGCGAUGAAAAUAUUGUAUCUUCAAAUCCUUCAAGUUCUCUGACAAAUUCCAUAGAAAAUGCUAGCCCACAGCAUACGGUAACACAAAAUAUUUAA